AUUAAUAAAUAUAAAUGGGAAAUGGAUAAUGUUGUAAAAGAAUUGAAAGAGUAGAAACUUUAGAAGUUGAUAAUACUCCUCCAAAAAAUACUAAGAAUGCCUCACCUUUAGAUGAGCCAUAAUAAAUGGUCUCAUUUUCUGAUUCAGAUGAAGAAUAUCAACCACAAAAAUAACAAUAGUUUGGAGUUUUCAAAGAAAGAUAAAAAACUUCUUAAUUAUCAACUGGAUAAUAAUAUUCUUUUUAAACUCUUCCAUCUGAAUAAUAAUUCUCAAACUUUAUUACUUUUCAAGCUAUUCCAUCACAGUAAGGAAUUCAUAAUAAUGUAUUCUCCAAAUUUCAAAAAGAGAUGAAAGACUUUGCAACGAAUUAAACCAAAAACUAAAAGAACUUUUAAAAAUAAUGAAUCAAUC